AUGAACGCUCUGGUAGCAGCCGUCUUUCUCGGCCUGGUGGCCGCCGUCUCCGCCGCCGGCUUCACCGCCCCGUCCGCCUACAGCGCUAGCGUGUACGGCCCGUCCAUCGGCUCCUACGGCCACGGCCACCGCGGCUACCUUCCCCAGGCCUACAACCUCCAGGUGCGCUUCGGAGGCGGCGUCCAGGGACACGGAGGACACGGAGUUGCCGUCGUCGGUCACGGAGGCUACGGAGGCUACGGAGGAUACGGAGGAUACGGCCACGGAGGCUACGGCGGAUUCGGACAUGGUGGAUACGGUCUUGCCCUCGGCGGACAUGGCGGUUACGGCUACGGCGGAUACGGCCACGGAGGAUACGGUCUGGCUCUCGGCGGUUACGGCCUCGGACACGGCUACGGCUUCGGGCAUGGCAAGCUUUACGGCUAA